AUGGACCAACUGUCUCUUGAGCUACAGAUUUCUGGAAGAGAUCACAGCCCUUCAGCAAGGGUCAUGUUCCAACUGAUGCAGGGAGCCCAACUGAUGGAAGAAAACCAACGAUUAAAACAGAUGGAGAAUCUGUUUAGCACUCAAACACAUGUACUUGAACAAGGUCAGUCAUCUGAGUCAAUCACCAAUAUUUGCAGCUCAUCUGAUCCUCAAGAUAAUGACAGUUCAGACAUAUCUCUCAAGUUGGGGGUGCUGUCACUUGCAACUCCUCAUCGAGCAAAUUGUCUGUUUCCGUAACAACUUAACCAUCAUUAUUGACUGCAUGGCAAGAAAUGCAUAUUGCUACUAUAGAGAAACUCUUUGCCUUAGUGCAUCUUUCUAUGUCUUGCAGGCUACCUUUUCCUAAAUGAAUUUGAAGUAUAGUGAAGAUCAAGAAGCAUGCAUGGAUUCUCUUUUCUCAAAUACAAA